AUUCAUGAGUGUGUGAGGCCCGGGCUCGCUUUGUCCAGUGAGGGUGUUGGCGAGUUGAGCGGUGGCCGUAGACAUGUCGUUCAUCCCGGGACAGCCGGUGACCGCCGUGGUGCAAAGAAUUGAAAUCCAUAAACUGCGUCAGGGAGACAACUUGAUCCUGGGAUUCAGUAUUGGAGGCGGCAUUGAUCAAGAUCCCGCUCAGAACCCAUAUUCAGAGGACAAGACAGAUAAGGGUAUCUAUGUCACAAGGGUCACCGAAGAAGGACCUGCAGAGAUAGCGGGCCUUCUGGCUGGAGACAAAAUAAUGCAGGUAAAUGGAUGGGAUAUGACCAUGGUGACACACGACCAGGCUAGAAAACGGCUCACCAAAAGGAAUGAAGAAGUUGUUCGGCUUCUGGUGACCAGGAAGUCCCUGCAGGAGGCAGUCAGACACUCUAUGAGACAGUAGAGAUGUGCUCACUCCAUCCAGCAAUUCAUCCUCUACUAGAAGACCGGUUUAACUAAGGGAUCAUCAGAUACAACAUGAUCUCUGAACUUCAGCCACCUUGUCUCCAUCAGGCAGUAACAAUAAUGGGUCUUGUUAACAGUGCAUCUAGUGUUAACAGUUACGUGUAAUCAAUAAUGUGUUACUUUUUCAGUCUAGCAGUUGAGGCGACAAAGCCUCCCCUACUAUUCUGAACACACACUUCCAUAAUAUUCCCUGUGAUGUAAUAUAAAAAAAUCAAGAUUGUAAAAAA